CUUAUAUAUUCUGUUCCUGCUACGCUGAACCCAAGGAGAAGUACAGCAGCACCCCUAAUCCAUCCUCAAAGCCCAAACGCAUCAUGGUCAAGUUCCUCCCCUUCGGCGACCUCCAGGUCCCCUCGCCCGGCUUCGGCGCCAUGGGCCUCAGUUUCGGUCUGGGGAACAACCUGAGCCUCGAGGAGGCCGAGCCUGUUCUUCUCAAAGCAAUUGAGCUGGGCUGUACAUUCUGGGACACGGCUGUGGUAUACCAAGCCGGUGUGAACGAGAAACUCCUCGGCGACUUCAUCAGAAAGCACAACGUCCGCGACAAGGUGUUCAUCGCCUCGAAAUGCGGCUUCGAUGUCUUUGGCCCCAACGGGAACGAGAUCGGCAGCGGCGCCGUCACCAACUCGGCCGCCCACAUCAAGCAAUACAUUGAAGGAACGAUUGAGCGACUCGGGUUCGCUCCGGAUCUGUACUAUCUGCACCGCAUUGAUCCUCACACCCCGCUCGAGGAAUCCAUCCCCGUGCUGGACGAGAUCCGCCAGGCCGGGAAGACCAAAUACAUCGGUCUCUCGGAGUGUUCUGCGGCGACGCUCCGCAAGGCCAGUUCGCUCGCCAAGAUCGACGCCGUGCAGGCUGAAUACUCCGCGUUCGAGACCGUCCACGAGACGGACGGACUGAUCGAAGCGGCUAGGGAGCUGGGCGUCGCCUACGUCGCCUACAGCCCGCUCGGACACGGCUGGCUGGUCGAUCACUUCGACUACCAGUCUCCGGACGACUUCAAGCCGGAUGAUUUCCGCCGCAAGAGCCCCAAGUUCCAAGGCGAAAACUUCUACAAGAACAAGGCGAUCGUGGAGGAGAUCAAGAAGCUCGCCGUUCGCAAGGGCUGCUCGAUCAGCCAGAUCGCCCUCGCUUGGGUGGCGGCGCAGGACAUGAUCGCCAUCCCCGGGACCACCAAGGUGCAUCGGUUGGAGGAGAACUUUGCCUCGCGUGAGGUGGAUUUGACGGAGGAGGAGCUGCGCGAGAUGCGCCGCAUUGUGGAUAGUGCUAAGCCGCAUGGGAAUCGGUAUGGGGCUGCGCAUCAGGCGCUUGUGGGGCACUAGUUUCAGAGGUGACAGAUGUCUGCAGUGAAUGUAGCAUCAGCCUCUGGUAUAAAGUGGCUUCUGCAGUGCUAAGGUCAAGCAUACUUAUUUCACAAACGUCAAUUCCAGAACGAUGUAAUGUUUUGCCUGGCAGCGUGACGGCUUCAAUAUCAUCGCCUGCACGAAUUCGUUGAAGGAAAGCGUCUCGGUGUUGCGGUAGGCCUCGGCCAUGUCCUGCGGCCGCGUAAUGACGUACAGGAGCGAGUCGACGACGGUCAGCGCGAAGGGGUCGUUGUUGCGGUCAUGGAAGUGUUUUCUUUGGCAGAGAGGAGAAGAAGAAACGUGUUAUGUGAUUGUUAGGUGGGCGCUGGGAGCAGCGUCGAGAUAGGGUUUUAUUCGAAAAGCCCUUAUUGUGCGCGGAGAGCAGUAAUGGGAA